AUGAUCUACGAAGGCGUUCUGAAGGGUCACCGUGACUGGAUCACCUCCCUCGCGUGCCCGCAGGAGGCGGACUCCACCAUCAAGGUGGUGUCCGCCUCGCGCGACGGGACGGCGAUCUCGUGGGUCGCCAACCCGGACCGGCACAGCAGCGAAAGCGACCACGCCCUCCCGGACCGCCGGCUCGAGGGCCACACGGGCUUCAUCGCCUCGCUGUCCCUGGCGCACACCAACCAGUUCGCCGUCACUGCCUCCUGGGACCACUCGCUGCGGCUGUGGAACCUGCGCUCGGGUCAGUGCGAGCACAAGUUCCUUAAGCACACCAAGGGCGUCCUCGCCGUCGCCUUCUCGCCGGAUGACCGCCAGAUCGUCUCGGGCGGCCGCGACCACGUGGUGCGGGUGUGGAACGUGAUGGGGGAGUGCAUGCACGAGCUGACCCGCGACGGCCACGAGGACUGGGUCAGCAGCCUGUGCUUCUCGCCGUCGCUGGAGCGGCCGGUGGUGGUGUCCGGGAGCUGGGACCACAAGGUCAAGGUGUGGGACCUCGCCGAGGGUCGCUGCCGCCACACCCUCGAGGGCCACACGGGCUUCGUCACGACCGUCACCGUCUCGCCCGACGGCUCGCUCUGCGCCUCGGGUGGGAAGGAGGGGGUCGCACGCCUCUGGGCUAUUAACACCGGUGAGUCCCUCUUCGAGGUUAACGUCGAGGCCGCGAUCAACCAGAUCGCCUUCUCGCCGAACAGAUUCUGGAUGUGUGUGGCAACCGAAAAGAACGUCCGCGUGUACGACCUGGAGGCGAAAAAGGUGAUUAUCGAGCUCACCCCCGAGACCACCUCGAAGCGCAUCCCCGAGUGCACCUGCGUCGCCUGGUCUGCGGACGGCAACACACUUUAUACUGGCUACACCGACAAUCUCAUCCGUGUAUGGUCCAUCAGCGACAUCUAA